AAACCCCAGGGGAGGGAGAGCAUCGCAUGGUAAAGUAGGCGAGGAAGAGCGAGCACGAGAGACGCACCACCCACCAACAUUCUUUUUCCCUAUUGAUCAGGGUAUGACUCCUCAAAUAUCAUCCUAGUGAGGAGUGAACAGCAAGAGCGGUGAUAUGGCCUAUAUCCAGGUAAGGUGUACCCUGUCCCUAUGCUAUAUUUGUAAUGUCAGUCAGAUCCCUCGUCUUGCUCUGGGCAGAAUGGUAAUCUGCAGAAUGAACGUUUCUGAGUUACGUGUCGGAGUGUGGUUUCAUAACGACAUCGGUAUUGCGGGACAUGUGUGAAUACAUCACUGGCGUGUUACUUAGUUGGUAGUUUACAUUAUUUCAUAAUUCGGCAGUCUGUCAGACCUAGUAGGCUAUGGAGUCCUAAAAGCAGAUCGCACGUCUCACCCACAAACACGUGGUUUAAAGGAAGCUUAAACGUUGCCAGGGCGCCUGGCUCCUAUGUGUGCGUGUUUCAGUUUGCAACGACGUUUGGUCACCUCAAUUGCACGUUUCUGUACCAUCAUUUCCUAAAUGUGUUUGAUCUCUUUGCUCCUUCAGAUACCUGAUGAUGAGAAAGGGUAUGAGUUCGACCUCUUCUGUGUCCCCAAACACUAUGAGGAGGAUUUAGACCGGGUCAUCAUCCCUCAUGGACUGAUCAUGGACAGGUAAGUCAAACCAUCACCACUGGACUGGCACUCUUUGGACCUGGGUAGGCUACUGUACUAUAGCAUCAUCAUUACACACUUUCCUAUUCCCUUGUGGAGUAAAUCAGAACUUUACGUUUGUACCAAUUCCUCUAUGCCUCCAUUGUUUUCUUAAUUUACCCAUGGUUGCUAAGGUAUUUUGUUGGAUAGCGCUCACCAACAUUUGUUAGACAAAUCAGUGUUAGGCAUCUAGACCAGCAGUGAUGUAUUGUACUAGUGUAUAGCCAUCAUCAAUUUGCAUUGCAGACAUGGAGAAGGCAAGCAGCAGCUUUAUGAAUGAAACACACUGGCAGUCGGAUACCCUGUUGUAGAAUCCCAUGUUAAACCCUGUUAUGAAUAGUAGGACUCCAACCAGAUCAUUUGAUUUGACCCAGUCAGCAACUUUUCAGCCAGUUUUCCACACAUGGCCAAUACUAGCCUUAAACCAUGAUGUUCUGACUGACCAGAUCACAAACCAACUGAAGAUUGAUUGAUGAGCCUGCACAGAAAUGACAGGUCCCAUGCCAUUGUAUCUCCCUCUCUCCUGUCAUUUUUAUCCUCCUCUAUCUGUUCCUUCUCUCGCUCUCUAGGACUGAGCGCCUGGCUCGUAAUAUAGUCCGUGACAUGGGGGGACACCAUAUAGUAGCACUGUGUGUUCUCAAAGGAGGUUAUACAUUCUUUGCCGACCUGCUGCACUACAUCAAGGCCCUAAAUCAGAACAGCGAGAAGUCUGUCCCGUUGACUGUGGAUUUCAUUAGGCUAAAGAGCUAUUGUGUAAGUGAACCACUCCACGUUUCUCUCACUCUCCUUCAAUAGCCUCCAAUGCUGUAAGAAAGAUGACAAUCUUUGUAUGUAAGCAAUGCAGCCGUUGCUUAUUCUGGGUGUAUUGUUGCUGGAGAAGUUUGUGUGUUUAGCCAACCCCUGUAUUAUCUGUUGUCAUGCCACAAGGGUUGGCUUAAUCACAAUGUGAUCUGCUACUAGACUCUGAUCUGAUGCAUGAGCAAAUAACACUGCAAUUGGACAACACUGUUAUUUUAAUGUAUUACUAGAUCACCUUAUGAUUAUUUGACCAUCACCCUCUUCCUGGGUGAGAUGUGUAGUUUUACUGAUGUGUGUGUGUGUGUGUAUUGUCCACAGAAUGACCAGUCUACAAACAUUGUCAAAGUUAUCGGAGGGGACGAGCUUUCUACUCUAACAGGGAAGGUGAGAUUUGAUUGCUUGCCAUAACCACUGAUAAAAUAUUGUAGAUCUUAGGAGUGAAGUUGUAAUCUUUUUACCAAUGAGGCUCUGUAUUUUUGUUUAAUUAUUUGAUUUUUUGUUAUGGACAUAUUGAUCUACAGUAUAUUUGUGAUCAAUUGUUUUCUAAUUUCCUUUGCAGAAUGUUUUGAUAGUUGAGGUAAGACCAUUUCCCUGUGUCUUUCUAGGACUUACUCUGAAUAUUCAAUCUCUCUAAAUGUUAAAACUGCUGUACAUAAAUGUGUGGAGCACACUAGCUCUCACAUGAACCAUAGCUAUAUGACCAGGGUGCAAAUCACAUUCACUAAUGGGUGUACCCUAAAAGUAGUGGGCUGGACCAUCGCUAUGGUUGUCCACAUUAAUAUUUUAUUGCUUGCCUUGAAUUGUUGUUGGACUUCCUUGCACCCCUUAAAUUGAAACCCCUUAUGCAGCGGUAUCUGUCCUGCUGAUGUGUUUAGGACAUUGUGGAGACGGGGAGGACUAUGGAGACACUGCUAUCACUGCUGAGUGAAUGCAAUCCAAAGAUGGUCAAAGUGGUCAGGUGAGAACCAAUGUAUUAAGCACACAGUACUCUUUUCUCCCAUAUAGAAGUGCUGUGUAGCCCUGAUUUAGACAGAGAAGUGGUUCAGCUCAGAAUGUCAGUCUCUUUGACUGCAUUUACACAGGCGGCCCAAUUCUGAUAAUUUUUUCACUAAUUGGUAUUUUGACCAAUUGGAUCAGCUCUAAAAAAAAUACAAAAAUCUAAUAUGAAAAUAUCUGGUGUGAUUGGUCAAAAGACCAAUUAGUGGAAAAAAAAUAUCAGAAUAGGGCUGCCUGUGUAAACGCAGCCUUUGUCGAUCUAGACGGCACUAUUAAUGACCGCACUCUCCAUCUACCGUAAUGCACUCUCCCCUUAAGCACUGAUUUAGAGAUGUUAUGUGACUGGAGCAGAUUAAGCGUUCAUCUAUGUACCAUACUGUUAACUGAACUGUGGAGGGACGGGAUAUUCCUCUGCUAUGGAAGGGACUAUUUGACUCUAGUUUAGGUUGUAGACGGCUGUGUUCUUGAGUGCAUUGUAGCUAUGCUAUGUUAUUGAGAACAAUGCAAGGCCAUUGAGUGGAUUGUAUUGUUUGCUGUGUCAUUGAGAUUGCUGAAGACCAUGUCAUUGAGAGCAUUGCAUGCCAUGCCAUUAAGAGCAUGGUUUGCAUAGAGAUCCUAUUCAUUUCUGUGCUUGUAUGCAUUGUCAUUUCAGCCUUCUAGUCAAGAGAACACCAAGGAGCUCAGGAUACAGACCAGACUGUGAGUUCUGCCGUGUUUUGUGUGUGUGUCAUGCGUGCCUUCCCACCGUUGAUACACUACUGUACUAGAAAGAGCCUCAGCUGGUAGAGCACGGCGCUUGUAACGCCAAGGUAGUGGGUUCAAUCCCCGGGACCACCCAUACACAAAAAUGUAUGCACGCAUGACUGUAAGUCGCUUUGGAUAAAAGCGUCUGCUAAAUGGUAUAUUAUACAGUGGGGGGAAAAAAGUAUUUAGUCAGCCACCAAUUGUGCAAGUUCUCCCACUUAAAAAGAUGAGGCCUGUAAUUUUCAUCAUAGGUACACGUCAACUAUGACAGACAAAAUGAGAGAAAAAAAUCCAGAAAAUCACAUUGUAGGAUUUUUUAUGAAUUUAUUUGAUAAUUAUGGUGGAAAAUAAGUAUUUGGUCAAUAACAAAAGUUUCUCAAUACUUUUAUAUACCCUUUGUUUGCAAUGACACAGGUCAAACGUUUUCUGUAAGUCUUCACAAGGUUUUCACACACUGUGAAGACGAGGGGCAUUGCGUUCAUCCACCUCUGGCCUGCUGGCUCCCCUACCUCUGCUGAAGCACAGUUCCCGCUCAGCCCAGUCAAAACUGUUCGCUGCUCUGGCACCCCAAUGGUGGAACAAGCUCCCUCACGACGCCAGGACAGCGGAGUCACCCACCACCUUCCGGAGACAUUUGAAACCCCACCUCUUUAAGGAACACCUGGGAUAGGAUAAAGUAAUCCUUCUAACCCCACCCCACCAAAAAAAUAAAAUAAUAAUUGUAAAGUGGUUAUCCCAUUGGCUAUAAGGUGAAUGCACCAAUUUGUAAGUCGCUCUGGAUAAGAGCGUCUGCUAAAUGAUGUAAAUGUUAAAUUUUGGCCCAUUCCUCCAUGCAGAUCUCCUCUAGAGCAGUGAUGUUUUGGGGCUGUCGCUGGGCAACACAGACUUUCAACUCCCUCCAAAGAUUUUCUAUGGGGUUGAGAUCUGGAGACUGGCUAGGCCACUCCAGGACCUUGAAAUGCUUCUUACGAAGCCACUCCUUCGUUGCCCGGGCGGUGUGUUUGGGAUCAUUGUCAUGCUGAAAGACCCAGCCACGUUUCAUCUUCAAUGCCCUUGCUGAUGGAAGGAGGUUUUCACUCAAAAUCUCACGAUACAUGGCCCCAUUCUUUCCUUUACACGGAUCAGUCGUCCUGGUCCCUUUGCAGAAAAACAGCCCCAAAGCAUGAUGUUUCCACCCCCAUGCUUCACAGUAGGUAUGGUGUUCUUUGGAUGCAACUCAGCAUUCUUUGUCCUCCAAACACGACGAGUUGAGUUUUUACCAAAAAGUUCUAUUUUGGUUUCAUCUGACCAUAUGACAUUCUCCCAAUCCUCUUCUGGAUCAUCCAAAUGCACUCUAGCAAACUUCAGACAGGCCUGGACAUGUACUGGCUUAAGCAGGGGGACACGUCUCGCACUGCAGGAUUUGAGUCCCUGGCGGCGUAGUGUGUUACUGAUGGUAGGCUUUGUUACUUUGGUCCCUGCUCUCUGCAGGUCAUUCACUAGGUCCCCCCGUGUGGUUCUGGGAUUUUUGCUCACCGUUCUUGUGAUCAUUUUGACCCCACAGGGUGAGAUCUUGCGUGGAGCCCCAGAUCGAGGGAGAUUAUCAGUGGUCUUGUAUGUCUUCCAUUUCCUAAUAAUUGCUCCCACAGUUGAUUUCUUCAAACCAAGCUGCUUACCUAUUGCAGAUUCAGUCUUCCCAGCCUGGUGCAGGUCUACAAUUUUGUUUCUGGUGUCCUUUGACAGCUCUUUGGUCUUGGCCAUAGUGGAGUUUGGAGUGUGACUGUUUGAGGUUGUGGACAGGUGUCUUUUAUACUGAUAACAAGUUCAAACAGGUGCCAUUAAUACAGGUAACGAGUGGAGGACAGAGGAGCCUCUUAAAGAAGAAGUUACAGGUGUGUGAGAGCCAGAAAUCUUGCUUGUUUGUAGGUGACCAAAUACUUAUUUUCCACCAUAAUUUGCAAAUAAAUUCAUUAUAAAAUCCUACAAUGUGAUUUUCUGGAGAAAAAAUUCUCCAUUUGUCUGUCAUAGUUGACGUGUACCUAUGAUGAAAAUUACAGGCCUCUCAUCUUUUUAAGUGGGAGAACUUGCACAAUUGGUGGCUGACUAAAUACUUUUUUCCCUCCACUGUAUAAUAGUUAUAUUUUUUCGCAUGAGAUUAAUAUGCGUAUCUAAAAAUCUACUUUGAAUGUGUAGGUCAACAUGGUACUCUAGUACUAGUAUUCUACACACACACAUGGUUAGUGAUUUAUGUCAUGCUUUUAAGUCAGUUGGAUAAGCUUUUUAAGAUGGUUUUGCAAGGACAGCUGUUGUUUACCUUUGACCUGCUCUGUGACCCUUGCAGCUAAAGGGUCAACCCCAGUCACAGACAACAGGAGUCAACCAGCUAACCUCCAGAGAUGGAAAAGAGCAACAUACUUUAUAUCUGUGUUAAUGUUAUGUAAUGCUAAUGCAAAACUCAUCCCAUAAGAUCUUUUGAUACUGCUAACUUAAUACUACACAGCAAGAUGUAUAACUGUUACAUGUAGCUUAGUAUUGUAUUGUGCAGUGAAUUAUGUCCGUCUCUGUAUUUUGUCAGACAUCGGGUUUGAGGUGCCUGAUUCGUUCCUGGUGGGAUAUGCCCUGGACUACAAUGAGUACUUCAGAGAUCUCAGUGUAAGUUGGCUGCAUUGGAGAUGAUCCUGAUAUUCUGUUAUAUUCUCGAUCUGAGAUUCAGCAUGUCAAAACCUAGUGAAAGACAUACACUGAGUGUACAAAACAUUAGGAACACCUUCCUAAUAUUGAGUUGGACCCCCUUUUGCCCUCAGAACAGCCUCAAUUGGUCAGGGAAUGGACUCUACAAGGUGUCGAAAGUGUUCAACACGGAUGCUGGCCCAUGUUGACGCCAAUGCUUCCCACAGUUGUCAAGUUGGCUGGAUGUCCUUUAGGUGGUGGACCAUUCUUGAUAUACACGGGAAACUGUUGAGUGUGAAAAACCCAGCAGCGUUGCAGGUCUUGACACACUCAAACCGGUGCGCCUGACACCUACUUUUGUCUUGCCCAUUCACCGUCUGAAUGGCACACAUACACAAUCCAUGUCUCAAUUGUCUCAAGGCUUGAAAAUCCUUAUUUAACCUGUCUUUUCCCCUUCAUCUACUCUGAUUGAAGUAGAACAUGUGACAUCAAUAAGGGAUCAUAGCUUUCACCUGGUCAGUCUGACAUGGAAAGAGCAGUUGUUUUGUACACCCAGUGUACUUAUGAGGAGUCAGUUUAAUAAAGUAUGUUGUUGGUGUAUUCUUUCUACACACACACACACUUUACCAUGUGUUUUUGCUCUGUGCAGCACAUCUGUAUACUGAACGAGAACGCAAAGGAGAAGUACAAAGUGUGAGCUGAGGUAAUGGACAGAUAAAUGAAGGGAGACUAGGACCACUGUGAUGAUCCUGAGCUUUUUAGGGUUCUGAACCUUAUUUAUUUUUCUAUGUAUGAAACCUACUUA